AUGUGGGAAUUGCAGAACCCUGCCGAGCUUGGAAGCAGCGUGCGGCCCCUGGUGGCAACCAUGGUCAACCGUAGUCAGCGAUUUCUUCUUCGAGGAAAGAAAAUCCUCCUUAUUGGAGGAGGAGAAGGGAUACGCAAAGAGUUCGUUUGGAGAGCUGCCGAGGAGUACAAUGUUAAGAUCAUUUUGAUUGACCCAGAUCCUAAUCACAGUGCGGUGAAAAGGGUAUACAAGUUUAUCCAAUGUGAUAUAGAAGACCACAGCCACGAUGAUGAAAAUACCGAGAAAAUUGUCCAUCUACUGCGCACACAAGGCCUAGACGUAGACGGAUGCAUGACUGUGGACGAGAAUUACGUUCCUCUGACGGCUCUGGUGUGCGAAGCACUGCGCAUGCUUGGAAAUACCCCCGAGGCUUCAAGAAAGGCUAAGAAGAAAAGUUUGAGCCAAAAUGCUUUAUUGGCAUCGUCAACCUACAGCUCUUUCUUGCCAAAACCGCAUCUAUAUGCAGUCAAGAUACGCGAAAUUGUCCGACCUGAAGAUGUGAAGGGAUCGUCAAGUCUCAUAAGGUAUCCCGCCAUUCUGAAGCCGGAAUACGGGGCAUAUUCCUUCGGUGUCCAUCUGGUCAAAGACGAGGAAGAAUGUCUGAAAUACUUCAACAGCAUUCAGAAAACAUUACAGAACACAGAUGAAAAAGCGUUUGGUAUUGGUUACGGCAACGAAAUGCACCUAGCAGAGUAUGCACUAGGAACCAAACAUGGAGUCGAGGUCGUCAUGUUUCGAGGAAAGAUUUUAGCGGCAUUCAUCUCUGAUUGUGGACCUACCCGCUUUCCUCUCUUUUUUGAGACUUCAUCAUGUAUGCCGUCAAGUUUACCCCUUGACAAGCAGCGACAGAUGGUAAUGGCCACAAAGCAGUGUGUUGACGCGGUUGGUCUCACUGAGGGAGUGUAUAGUGUAGAGUUUAAAAUGGCGCCGACGGGACCGAAACUGAUCGAGAUCAACGGACGAGUAACCGGCGCCCAUUACCGGAACUGGGUGCGCACCGUCUUCGAAACAGAUAUCCUUUUCCUAAAUUUCUUAAUUGCGUGUGGGAUACAACCCAGCGUCCGACCAUUGGAGCCAAGGUGCCAGCUCAUAGGGGUCAUGUGUACCACAACAGCCCACGCCAAGGCACUAUCGCGACCGGGCAUUGCUACACUGGAGAUCCUUGCCGAGGCUCAUGAAAAAGGGGAAAUAAUUUUCUUUCCAAUGGAGUCCGAGUUGAAAGAAAAUGAGCCAUUUGAGAACCUAUUAUGCCAGGUAGCUGUAAAGGGGAAAUCUGUAAAUGAGGCGAAGAAAAAGCUGUUGGCUGUUUGCAGGAAAUAUGGGAUAGACAACCAACAGUAUCCAGUGGAGCGCUUUCUGUCCCCUUUCGUGGAGUUAUCUUCGCCAUGA